AUCCUGUGUCGUGGGAUACGCACUAUUCUUCUCCAUUGUCUCCUCCAAAGAUCGGACCCACUGUGCCCCGCGAGUAAUUGUUUCGCCACCCAUCAUAGCUAUCACAGUCCCACCGCCCGUAUCCAAACAUCUCCCUGGGCUCCACUCACACGGUCGACCUUUCCCGUUACCACACAUAACUGACUUAACGUGAGCCGGAAAUUCAGAGACAAACACCUGCCCCCCCCCCCCCUCCCGUCUUUCGCCCCACAAACUAGUUCCGGACUGUUUGCGGUGCAAUUGACCAGAUUUAUCCCUCAAAUUUGGGAAAUCUAUCACCCCAGUACACAGAUAAUAUAUAUAUUGCUCACUGGGAUAGCGAGGUGAAUUUAGCUUUCGACAACGCUUUACCCGACAGAGGUAAAGGAUGGCCCCAGUCCAUGAGAGCGAGAUUGAAGAAAUUGAGGAACCCGUGAACGUCUACAACUACCAGAAUACCCCUGAGAACCGGUCAUGGGCCGGUGCCCUGCCACUCAAACAGGGUCUCUACGACCCUGAAUUGGAGAAGGAUGCGUGCGGUGUAGGGUUUGCAGCGUAAUUUUUUUCCCAUGCCGGAAAUUGUCCGAGAAUUGUGCUAACGAUAGUGCAGGAACAUCAAAGGAAUUGCUAGUCACAAGAUCCUUAGUGAUGCUCGAAGUUUACUAUGCAACAUGACACAUCGAGGGGCUGUGGGUUCUGAUGCCCGUGAUGGUGAUGGAGCGGGUGUUAUGACAUCCAUUCCUCACAGAUUCUUUGUAAAAGAGUUUACUGCAUCGUCGGGAUUUGUUCUGCCUCCGCAAGGCCAAUAUGCCGUCGGGAACUUGUUCUUCAAGCCGAAUGAGGAGGUUCUUGCCGAGAGCAAGAAUACUUUCGUGGAACUCGCGGAUUCUCUGGGUCUUCGGGUGUUGGGUUGGCGAGAAGUUCCUCGUGAUAGUGCUCUUCUGGGACCGGCGGCGUUGUCUCGUGAACCCACCAUACUCCAACCAUUCGUCGUCCUCAGGAGUCGAUACGGAGGGGGAAAAGAACCCGAAAGCGUGGACACUGAGGGGUUUGACGAGAAAUAUUUCGAACGACAGCUCUUCAUUCUGCGUAAAGUUAGCACGAGAAAGAUCGGUUUACACAAUUGGUUCUACAUUUGCUCCCUGAGCAAUAAGAAUAUUGUAUACAAAGGUCAAUUGGCGCCCGUGCAAGUUUAUACCUAUUACCACGAUUUGGUUAACGUCGAUUAUGCCGUCCACUUUGCCCUCGUCCACUCCCGUUUCUCCACAAACACCUUCCCUAGCUGGGACCGCGCCCAACCCCUACGUUGGGCAGCUCACAAUGGUAAUACACCAAACCCUUCGCUUGAAUAUAUGUAUGGGGCUAAUGCGAGAACAGGUGAGAUCAAUACGUUGCGCGGCAACAAAAAUUGGAUGCGAGCACGCGAGGGUCAGAUGAAGUCUGCCAAGUUUGGAGAAGAGCUCGAGCAGCUAUACCCUAUCAUCGAGGAGGGAGGAUCCGAUUCUGCGGCCUUUGAUAAUGUUCUUGAGCUGCUCACCAUCAAUGGCGUCCUUUCUCUGCCGGAGGCCAUUAUGAUGAUGGUUCCCGAGGCCUGGCAAGAUAAUUCACUGAUGGACCCCAAGAAAGUGGCCUUCUACGAAUGGGCCGCCUGUUUGAUGGAGCCUUGGGAUGGCCCAGCACUAUUUACUUUUGCGGACGGGAGAUACUGUGGCGCCACAUUGGAUCGUAACGGCUUAAGGCCUUGUAGAUUCUACGUAACAGACGACGACCGCAUCAUUUGUGCAUCUGAGGUCGGAACUAUUUUAAUCGACCCAGAGCGCAUUAUCCAGAAGGGUAGAUUGAAGCCCGGGAGGAUGCUUUUGGUAGAUACUGUGGAAGGGCGGAUAGUUGAUGACAAGGAGCUGAAGAUGGGGGUGUCUUCUCGGUUCGAUUUCACUUCAUGGGUCGAAGAGCAAUUACUCACCAUUAAAAAAGUAUAUAACCAGCUGGAAAGCGCCGGUGUUAGCCUUGAACCUUCACUGGACGAUAAUAGCUUGCAAAAUGACCCUCGUUUGCUUGCCUUUGGCUACUCGUUCGAGCAGGUCAGCCUGAUUCUAGGGCCGAUGGUAAGUCACUGCUUCUCACUCGAGCAACCAUUUCCCUGCUAAUACCCCUCGUAGGCAGCAGACUCGAAGGAGGCGCUCGGCUCCAUGGGUAAUGAUGCCCCAUUGGCUUGUCUAGCAAAACAACCCCGUCUUUUGUACGAGUAUUUCCGUCAGCUUUUUGCGCAAGUCACAAACCCACCCAUCGAUCCUAUCCGUGAGGCUAUUGUCAUGUCUCUUGAAUGCUAUGUUGGGCCUCAGGGAAAUGUCCUCGAGAUGGACCCAUCCCAAUGCCAUCGCCUGCUCCUCCCCUCACCGGUCCUUUCACUAAAUGAGUUUAACGCGUUGAAGAAUAUCCAACAAGUUAACAAUAGCUGGACUGUUCAUACCAUCGACAUUACAUUCCCCAAGGGACAGGGUGUGCCCGGCUACAUUAAUGCUCUUGACGAGGUAUGCAGGCAGGCGAGCGAGGCGAUUGAGAAAGGUGACAGAGUGCUCGUUCUUUCGGAUCGUAACACCUCCGCCGAUCGUGUGCCAUUAUCGGCGCUUCUUGCCUGUGGCGGUGUCCACCACCACCUUGUCCGAAAUAGAAUGCGUUCCAAAAUUGCUCUAGUGAUCGAGACCGCCGAGGCAAGGGAGGUACAUCAUCUUUGUGUGCUUUUAGGGUAUGGCGCAGACGCUAUUUGCCCCUAUCUUUCCAUGGAGUGUAUCUUGAAAAUGAAUCGCGAGAAGUUGAUCAGGGGAGAUCCCUCCGAUGAGAAAAUCGUGGACAAUUUCAAACAUUCUUGCGAUGGUGGCAUCCUCAAGGUCAUGAGUAAAAUGGGUAUCUCAACUCUGCAGAGUUAUAAGGGUGCUCAGAUUUUCGAGGCAUUGGGUGUCGAUGAUUCUGUUGUUGACAAGUGCUUUACUGGAACCGCGACGCGUAUCAAGGGAAUUACGCUAGAUUUCAUUGCGCAAGAUGCUUUUGCUCUCCACGAGACCGGAUAUCCAAGCCGUAAGAUCGUUUCCAUCCCUGGACUUCCCGAGACGGGUGAAUACCAUUGGCGCGAUGGUGGUGAGUCCCACGUCAACGACCCGGUCAGCAUUGCAAACAUCCAAGAUGCUGUUCGGACCAAGAACGACAAGUCUUACGAAGCAUAUUCCCUUUCGGAGUACGAGCAGAUAAAGAACUGUACUCUACGCGGAUUAUUGGAUUUUGAUUUCUCUAGUUCAAAGCCAAUUCCAAUUGAUCAAGUCGAACCCUGGACCGAAAUAGUUCGCCGUUUCUGCACAGGUGCUAUGUCUUAUGGGUCCAUCUCUAUGGAAUCGCAUUCCACGCUUGCUGUAGCCAUGAACAGGCUAGGAGGAAAGUCAAACACCGGUGAAGGUGGUGAAGAUCCUGAGAGAAGCCAGAUACUAGAGAACGGGGACACCAUGAGAUCCGCUAUCAAACAAGUCGCUUCCGGACGUUUCGGCGUCACAUCUCACUACUUGGCUGACUCGGAUGAGCUCCAGAUCAAAAUGGCUCAGGGAGCAAAACCGGGGGAAGGAGGCGAACUUCCCGGCCAUAAAGUCUCGCAAUCUAUUGCUCGCACCCGUCAUUCUACGCCGGGCGUAGGUCUCAUUUCUCCACCACCUCACCACGAUAUUUACUCCAUCGAGGACUUGAAGCAGCUCAUUUACGAUUUGAAAUGUGCUAAUCCUCGAUCAAGGGUUUCGGUGAAGCUUGUAUCUGAGACUGGUGUUGGGAUUGUUGCCUCCGGAGUAGUCAAAGCCAAAGCUGAUCACAUUCUCAUUUCCGGGCAUGAUGGCGGUACCGGCGCAUCUCGCUGGACCGGCAUUAAAUAUGCCGGAUUGCCUUGGGAACUUGGCCUAGCCGAGACACAUCAAACUCUAGUUUUGAAUGACUUGCGUGGUCGUGUCAUUGUGCAAACUGAUGGGCAGCUGCGUACCGGACGUGACGUUGCAAUUGCAUGUCUCCUUGGUGCAGAAGAGUGGGGUUUUGCAACAACGCCUCUUAUCGCUAUGGGAUGUAUUAUGAUGAGAAGUAACUCCCCUUCGAUCCAUUUCACGGUGUUCCUCCAUACUUAUUGUUCAAUAUAGAAUGCCAUUUGAACACUUGCCCUGUCGGUAUCGCCACCCAGGAUCCUGACCUCCGAAAGAAGUUCACUGGCACCCCCGAGAAUGUUAUUAAUUUUUUCUACUAUGUUGCCAACGAGCUCCGUGCCAUCAUGGCAAGGCUGGGUUUCGGAACCAUCAAUGAAAUGAUUGGUCAUUCGGAGAAACUUCUUGUAAGAAGAGAUCUUAUGACUGAGAAAACGAAUAACAUUGAUUUGUCUCUGAUAUUAACGCCUGCUCAUACGCUCCGUCCUGGUGUCGCUACCUAUAACGUCAGGAAGCAGGACCACCGUUUGCACGUACGGCUCGACAAUAAAUUGAUUGACGAAUCAGAGUAUACCCUGGAGAAAGGGAUUCCCACUCGCAUCGAGUCCGAUAUAGUCAACACGGAUCGUGCGCUUGGUGCCACGCUUUCCUAUAGAAUCAGCCGGAAGAUGGGGGAGGCAGGCUUGGAGCCGGACUCUGUCCAUGUUAAUCUUCGAGGGUCAGCCGGUCAAUCAUUUGGAGCUUUCCUCGCCCCUGGUGUCACACUCGAACUUGAGGGUGAUGCUAACGAUUAUGUUGGAAAAGGGUUAUCCGGUGGUCGUGUCGUUAUCUAUCCUCCACGAAACGCCAUCUACAAAGCUGAGGAGAACAUUAUUGUCGGUAACGUGUGUCUUUAUGGCGCUACUGCUGGUCAAUGCUUCUUCCGCGGCGUUGCUGCCGAGCGUUUUGCUGUCAGGAACUCUGGCGCGACAGCUGUCGUUGAGGGUGUUGGUGAUCAUGGAUGUGAAUAUAUGACGGGAGGUCGGGUCAUCAUUCUGGGUGAGACUGGCCGCAACUUUGCUGCCGGAAUGUCUGGAGGUAUUGCCUAUGUUCUUGACCUAAAACAGAACUUUGCCUCUAAGGUCAACAUGGAAAUGGUUGAGCUCUCCGGUGUUGAAGAUGCUCAUGAAAUCUCCUGGGUUAGAGGCCUUGUUGAGGACCACUACCAAUUCACUGGCUCCGAAUUAGCCAAACGGAUUCUCCUUGAUUACCGCAGGGCCCUUCCUAGAUUCGUGAAAGUCCUUCCCACCGAUUACAAGAGAGUUCUGGAGGAAGAAGCUCGAAAAUCGAAGGUCUCCCAAUACCCGCUAGGUCUGCUUCCUGGGAACCCAGUUCGCGAGCAACAUGAGAAACAGCUGGCAAAGGAGGAAGCGGAGAAGCACAAGCACGCGGCUGCCAUGACCGACUUAGAAGACAGCAUUUUGGAUACAAAGGCCGAGAAGAAGAGGUCUGCCUUGGUGCUCAACAAGACGAAGGGCUUCAUGCUCUACCCCCGCCAUCAUGAGAAAUAUCGGAACCCCAAAACGCGUACAAAGGAUUGGCAAGAACUUAGCAGACGAUUGGACGAGGAUGAGCUCAAGUAUCAGUCUGCCCGUUGUAUGGACUGCGGUGUUCCCUUCUGCCAGAGCGAUACCGGUUGCCCCAUCUCGAAUAUUAUCCCCAAGGUUGGUCCCUUGUAUUUCCUCUCCAUUUCUUCGAGACCCCAAGCUAACUUAUCCCUUUAGUGGAACGAACUCGUCUUCCAAAACCAAUGGAAGAAUGCCCUCUUCAAGCUUCUACAAACCAAUCCAUUCCCCGAGUAUACCGGGCGCGUUUGCCCAGCUCCUUGUGAAGGUGCUUGCGUUCUAGGCAUCAACGAGGAUCCAGGUUUGUUUCCUGCGGGUGGGGUUUAUCGUGAUAUAGCCCGACUAACUUUGAACAGUUGGGAUCAAGAGCAUCGAAUGCGCAAUCAUUGACCGCGGGUUUGAGAUGGGUUGGAUGGUUCCUACGCCGCCCGAAGUUCGCACUGGAAAGAGUGUUGCAAUCAUUGGCUCCGGCCCUGCUGGUUUGGCGGCUGCUGACAGUUUGAACAAAGCCGGUCACCUCGUUACCGUGUAUGAGAGGGCCGAUCGUAUUGGUGGAUUGCUGAUGUAAAGGCCCCCCCGCUGUCUGUGAAUGGAUUGGUUUGGAGAUGCUAAUUCGACACAGGUAUGGUAUCCCGAACAUGAAGCUUGACAAAUCAAUCGUCCAGCGGAGAACGGAUUUCAUGGCCGCCGAAGGCAUCAAAUUUGUCACUGGUGUUCAUGUAGGCGAGAACACGAAACUCUCUACCCUUAGGGAACAAAAUGAAGCCGUUAUCAUUGCAACUGGGGCUACGGUUGCCAGAGACCUUCCGAUCCCUAAUAGGAACCUUGAGGGUAUCCAUUUUGCCAUGAGUAUGUCCAUUUCACCACCUUCCUGCAAGCCUGGCUAACCAGCUAUAAAGCUUUCCUUCAUGCCAAUACCAAGUCUUUGCUCGAUUCGACCCAUGAGGAUGGCAAAUAUAUCAGCGCAAAAGGCAAGGAUGUCAUCGUUAUCGGUGGAGGUGAUACCGGUAACGAUUGUAUUGGUACCGCUGUUCGUCACGGGGCCAAGUCAGUUGUCAACUUCGAGUUGCUUCCUCAGCCUCCAAACGAAAGAGCCAGAGACAACCCUUGGCCGCAAUGGCCUAAGGUCUACAGGAUUGACUACGGUCACUCGGAGGUCAAGGCACAAUACGGGAAAGAUCCCCGAGAAUACUGUGUCAUGAGCAAGGAGUUUGUAUGUGAUGGGAGCGGUAAGGUCAAGGGUAUCAACACAAUCCGUGUCGAGUGGGCUAGGAGCUCUCGCGGGGGUUGGGACAUGAAGCAGGUUGAAGGAUCCGAACAGCUCUUCCCUGCAGAUCUUGUACUCCUCUCGAUGGGUUUCUUGGGCCCGGAGGACAGAGUAUUGGGUGAUAUUGAGAGAGACCCUCGGAAGAAUGUCAAGACACCCCCGGGAGCCUACUCCACUUCGAUGCCUGGUGUCUUUGCUGCUGGCGAUUGCCGGAGAGGGCAGAGUUUGAUUGUCUGGUAAGUCACUGCAGUCUCAGAAAAUUUCCAGGGAGAAUUUUUCUAACAAAUACCUCUUUCUCCUAUAGGGCUAUCAAUGAAGGUCGGCAAUGUGCACGAGAAGUUGACGAGUGCUUGAUGAACACUACGCAGCUACCCGUCACCGGAGGUAUUGUUCACAGAGCCCCAGUCACAGCCAAAAUCUUGGGCCGUGCGGAGAGACCCCAUCUCCAAACUAUUGCUGUGGCGGCCGCCUAAGCCGCUAUAACCGCUCACCAAAAUACCCCUUUCACUCUCGUCUACGACAAGUCAUCAAAAUUGGGGGGUGGAGCAGGUUAAAAGGUCGUCGUCCGCCUUAUUUGGUUCUUCGUUUCCGUCAAAGUCACAUCUGGCAACCUUCCGUUAUAGCCGUUAAGCAUUGUUCUUCACUUCUCUGUGUGAUAUUACAUGACUGUUAUUUUGUGGUCUAUUUGGUCGCUAUUAUGCUUUUCGCUGCCCUCUUUGCUUUCCUUCAUACUGUCCAAUGUAUUUAUUCCCUGCCAAAGUUUUAACCAUAUAUUUUACACUUACUUUAGUGAAGCACCACUAGAAAUUUUGUUGGGUACAGUUCCCGUUUGGUAAGCCAUAGAAAUGGCCCUUUUCCGACCCUUAAGGCAUUCCUGUGAUACUUUCUUUUUUUUUGGUUAUAACUUAACUUUCAGGGCUCCUACAGGAUUUUCUUUCCCCAUAACUGCUAUCAUACCAACGUAGCUGCUACGUGGAUAUGACGUUUCCCUGCUCUUGGUCGGAGCUCUAGCGAGAAUUGGGGUUUUUUUUGGCACUCCACUAUAUAAAAAAAUGCCAUUUUUCGUGUAAAGGUAACAUGAGCUGAAAUAAAAAUAAAAAUAAAAGGGGCCGUCUUUCUAAAAAUAUUUGCAUUUGGCCAGCAAAUUUACU